AUGAUUUUUCACAAAAAUCUGAAAGCUCAAAAUCUUGUUGUUGGAAUAUUUGUAUUUUUUCAUUUGGUCAAAUCUGUAUCACCUAAACCACCAAAGUUAAAUUUAACUUAUUUCGUUUCUGGUGGAACUCCCUACGAUAGCCAUGAUUUGGGAAAAUUUGUGGUGUCUAUUCAAUUAAGAUCCUAUCAUCAAGACUCAAAACUUGGAUGGUAUCAUUUCUGUGGUGGUACAAUCAUAUCCUCGAAGAAGAUACUUACUGCAGCUCAUUGUCUUUAUAAGCAUUCUGGUGUGCUUUACAUGCCAUAUGAGAUUGUAGUAGUUGUUGGAUUGCGUCAUCGAUUUACUCGUUCCGACGGGACUCGUAUUAAGGAUGUUGCGUUGAUAAAACGACACAAAUCAUUUAGACGUGGGAGUACUUUAUUCGCUGAUGUAGGAUUUUUGAUUUUGAAAGAUGAAAUCGUUUUCAAUAAUCCUCGAGUGGGAGUUAUUAAGCUCACAAAUUCGAGGCCUAGAAUUAAUGAACUUUGUACAGUGGUUGGUUGGGGAAAACUUUUCGAUAAAGGACCAACAUCUGAUAAAAUUUUAUUUGUUGACGUUGAGAUUUUAAGUCGCAGAGAUUGUAAAAGAAAAUACGGUUCAUCGUUUACACUUGGAAUGAUUUGUGCGGGUUAUCCUGAAAACUGGGAAAGAGAUUCAUGUUCAGGUGAUUCUGGUGGUCCUAUGAUUUGUGAUAAUGUACUUGUCGGAAUUGUAUCUUGGGGAGUUGGAUGUGGUCGGAGACACUUACCAGGAGUCUACACUGAUGUGUAUUCUUUUAGAAAAUGGAUAUCAAAAGGAAUGAGAUUAAAACCAAAUUAUUUUGUUCUGGUAUUAUCUUUGUCCGCAUUAAAAGGAAGUUUUAUUUAUAUUUAA